GAAUGGCGUCGCUUGACGCAAGUUAGGAGAACGUCGUCGACUGGGUUGUCGCGCAAGCCCAUGUGCGCAGCUCGUCGUUUGAAGAGGAACUGCGUCCAGGUUCGAUCCACCAUCAUGGGUGGCCAAGGUCUGCGCAUCUUUCUUGUCCUCUACAGCAUCUACCUUACGGUCACAACAACAUCAACCUUCAUACUUACGCAAGGCCCAAGAGGCAAGCACCUACCGUUCCCAUACAGUAGAUUCGGGCACACCAGGUUACCAAUGUCCCUUUUUGCUUCCCCACUAGCCGAUGGUUCCAGCUACGACAACGUCUUAAAACCUAAGAGCAUCCAUUGUUUCGCGUCGUGGAGGCUUGGAAGAUAUAAAAUAUGUGUAAACCGCACGGACCGUGCCCAUGAACCAGGCACCACUGAUAGACAGUACAACUACCUUCGACUGAGUACUUCAGCAUGGAAACUACCCUUUUUAUUCACAACUGGGUACAGACAUCGUUAUCCAAAGAUGGAUGACGCUAAUUUGUUGAAAUUAAUUCUUGGACUGGUCGAUCCGGGUAGUGGAAGCGAUAUCCCACGGGAUAAGCGGUCGAGGACUGGUCACAUUAGGGGAAGCUUCGUGGCUAAUGACAGGGGUUCCAAACUCCCGAAAAGUUUGAGAACGAAGAAAUUUGGAGAUAAAAAGGAUAAUGUCACACGGCUCCAUCGAGGUAACAAAAUUGGAAAAACAGAAAAAGAUUUUCGCGACGUUAAGUUCGCAAAGCCUAAGGUGUCUGAGGAAGUCCUAAUGAAGAGGCAAGACGAGGCCUCAUUCACCCAAAGCCCUAGCCCGUGGAAACAAGCGACUGUUGAAGACGAUGGUGUAAUGGAGAAGGAUGAGACGACGGAUUUGUAUGACUCAGAAGAAUUCCAAGAGUUCAGAAGGCACACAGAAACGAUGUUAGGGGUUCCAGUACGAGUUGGCCUGGUCAAGUUUUCGCCCGUCGGAGGACAGCCGGAGAGCUCAAGACGGAAAAUCGAGCCAAGUCCAGCGAAGCGAGGAGGAACUCAAACAGCUGCUGCGCUCAGCGUUUGCCCCAGCUACAGCGACUGGCUGAUGCGACGCGAGGCUCAAGAUCCCUACGGUCACCGUCUCAACGUCCUCGAAAUGAUACCCUACAACGGUACCCUGGUCCGCCAGUAUUUCUACGAAACCAUCUGCAUUCGACAUAACCGGUCACAGCCGUCUUUCAGUGGAGGAGGCACUUCUCAGACGUCUGUAGCAAGUGGGACAUCGGAAUGUCUUGCCGUCGACAAACAGGUGUGGAACUCUCGCUGUGCGGAGAACUACAUCUGGACUUACGGGAAAGUUGUGAAAGCAAACGGUGACAUCGGCUGGAGCGUCAUAGCCAUCCGGGGAUCGUGCAGUUGCUCAGUGUGGCCCAAGACCCUUCCUGGAGGACGAAGAGCAGGGCCCCGUCUCUUCAUCGACGACCUAGAUGAAUGAACACGACCAACGCGCUGAUGGGAUGGCCACACACGAGGCAGCCGUGUCUUUUUGUCUUUGUACUUAGC